AGGAACGUUGUCGCUCAGGAAGAUGGUGAAGAAGAUCGAGAUCAGCCAGCACGCCAAAUACACCUGCUCCUUCUGCGGAAAGACUAAGAUGAAGAGGAAGGCUGUGGGGAUCUGGCACUGCGGCUCCUGCAUGAAAACCGUGGCUGGAGGCGCCUGGAUGUACAACACCACGUCAGCCGUCACGGUCAAAUCUGCCAUCAAGCGUCUGAGGGAGCUGAAGGACCAGUAGACAUGUGUCGGAUCCAUUCACAUCAUCAUUACAUCUGUGGCUCGUUUGAACAUCCCAUAAUAAACCCGAGU